AUGCCGAGACAAAAGUUUGAAGACGUUGCUGGUGGUGAUACUUUGCUAGUUGACGUUGUAGAUGAAGAUAAUGGAUACAGACAAUGUACAUUUAGAUUUACGUUUGAACAACAUCAGGAAAGUUUUAACAAUAUCCCAAACAUAAAAUGCUAUGACGAUGACAUUAUUCUCAACUCAUAUCCAAAAACAGGAACACAUUGGCUAUGGGAAAUGCUUCAGAUGGUAAUUAAACAAACGGCAGAAGUGUCAAAUGCAAAUAAACUUCGUGAGAUGAUCGAAGCUUUGCCGACGGAAGUUGUAGACAAUUUAUCUUCUCCAAGAGUUUUAAAUACACACUUGAAAAUAAGAUAUCUGCCAAAGGACAUCAUAAAGAAGAGAUUGAAAAUGGUUUUGUUACUGAGAAAUCCAAAAGAUGUUGCAGUGUCUUUCUACCAUCACCUUAAAGGAAUAAAGUUCUACGAAUAUGAUGGAAAAUUUGAAAACUUUUUACGAUUGUUUCAGAGUGGAGGAGUGGAUUACGGGUCAUAUCCCGAAUAUUUGCGAGAAUGGCAGACUUUCAUUAAAGAGAAUCCGGAUUUUCCGGUCCAUGUUGUAUAUUAUGAAGACCUUAUAGCGGAUUGUUUAGGGGAAAUGAGGAAGGUUUGCGAAUUUCUUGGCAAAGAAGUUAGCGCUGAUUUACUACGUCAAAUUGUUGAAAGUUGCCAAAUAGAUAAAAUGAGACAAGUAAAAGAUGAAAAAAUGACUGAUGCAAUGAGACAGGCACAAAAAGCUGCACUGAAUGCUGACUUUAACAUGUUUAGAAAAGGUGGAAUUGGAAACUGGAAGAACCGGCUCACUGUUGCACAAAACGAAUAUUUUGAUAAAUGGUGGGAUGAGGAAACAAAAGAUCUCGACAUGUUCUCAUUCAAAUUUGUGUGAAGACAAAUGCUGUUAUCGCAUCAAAACUUAAUAUUCCUGUAGUACCCAUUAAACAUCAACUCAACAGUAACUAAAUAAAACAUUCAUCUGAUUCUAAGAUUUCGUUUUUAUUCUAUUUAUGUGAUCUUUGAUUUCAUUGCUCUUGACGUUUUUUUCAGUUUAUUCUCAACCUUUCUCUCGCAUCCAAGUUGGGUAUCACACAAGGUGCCUUUCUAGUGGUUCUUUGCGAAUUUGUAUUGCGUUGGCUGCGUUAUGUGAUGGUUGCUCUUCUUUGUUGACCAAACUAUUAUGAAAUGAUGCUGAAACCUAUUUCUGUAUAUUGAUGAUGAGAUAUAUUAAAUGUUAGUAUAUAUAUAUGCAGUUUAUGUAUACAGAACUGAUGCCAAAAUAUUGAAACUUGAUGAAAGCGUUGUAUUAUUUUCGGAAAUCCUAAAGAAAAGAGUCCACUAAUAUAAUACUGAAACCCGGUGCUGUAUCUAAGUUAGCAUAUAUGUUUAUACAGUAGAACUUGUGGCGUAUUUUUGAAAACUGCGGCAAAAGUACGUUACAGUAUUAAUUUGAAAAAGCACAUGAUUUGUUAAUGUAGUGGCAUUUAAUGAAAUCGGGGAAAAUAGGCUUGGUUUUGUCGGGUUUGUUAAUGGGCGAAAUAUAAGCACCGGCUUUAAAAUCACAUAAAUAUGGAAACGGCUUUUAAUGAAGAAUUUAAGAAAUAUCCAUUUAGAAACAUCCGUGCGAAAAUUUUUGACACUGACAUUUUCAUGCCAUUAAAUAAAAUUAAUUAUAUGAGUAGCGGUCAGUGUCUUCUAUUUACUAUGUGAGUAGCGUUCAGUAUGUUAAUACGUGGAGACGUCGUCCUCGUGUAGUAGUCCUGCAAAGAUAAAACAGGCAAUAUAUAUACUUUUAUUAUAUACUAUGAAAUAUUGAGAAAAAUUGAUGAAAUAAAAUGCGUAUUUUCAUGGCCCGUAUUUUUACUGUUAAAAUUUAUGUUUUACUGCUGUGAAACAUAUUUUCCAUUUUUUCACUGGUGUCUUGCCGGACUACUUUCUUCUAAAUUCAGCCAAUAAACAAAAUUUAUUGGGAAGUCUUUCAGAUUGUAAUGUCAAAAAAGAGAAAAAUGUAUAUAAUAAACAGAAAAUUCAAGUUCAAGUUGUUAAAUAGUUAUUAAAUACAGGAUUUGUUUUCAUAUUGUGGUAUAAAACAUAUCAUAUUUCACUCGUUGCUACCUCCACUCAUGAAAUAUUUAUUUUCAUUCCACUCGAUGAAAAUAAAUCCUGUAUUUACAACAACAAAAAACUUGAAUAUCAUCAAUGUGCUGUACAUUAGGCAUUAAGGCAUAUAAAAAUGUGUUUUUUAUAUUGUUUAAUGUUUGCGAUUUGUUUAAUAUUUACUUCAACAGUUUCAAGCGUGGUUUUCGAAUAUCAGGUAAUUCAGCCAUUUCAUAACCCAUUUUUUACUUUCCAUAUAUACUUGUAAAAACAUUUAUAUAGUAUGAAUACUGUAUUCAGUGAAAGAUUAUCUUUAAAUUAUUUAAAGAUGUUGUGUUCUUAUCAACAAUAAAUGGUUGAUGUGGAAUCUCA